UUGGGACUGGACCGGAGCGGCGCUUUUUAGUGGUUUACUAGAGCUACUGUAUAGAGUUGUUGACAUUCGGGUUUUUUUGGUGAUUAUAAGUGUUUUGGUUAAAACAUAGAAAUAGGAAUUUCACCUAAAUGUCGUUAGUAUUUAUCCGUGUAGUCCUGUGGUCUGUGUAAAUUAUAAAAGCACUGCGAAUGAAAUGUUAGCAUUUAGUUAGCCAGCUAACACGCUAACAAGCUAACUAAAGCUAGUAGAGUAAAAAAAUGGAUUCGAGCGGCAAACCUUCCACAGGCCAGAUCUUGCUCUUGGCCACCAGUUCAGCCCUCACUGCUCUCCUCUACUCAGUGUUCAGGAAGAAGGCCAGCAGUGCUGUCAGAUUACAAGAAGCCAAGAAAAUAUCAUUAGAUCAAGAUCUACAGAGCAUUCUGGCUGAAUCUCCAGGCAAAUGUAUACCAUACGCUGUUAUAGAAGGGGUUGUCCGGUCUGUUAAAGACGCCUUGAACAGUCAGUUUGUGGACAACUGCCGAGGCGUGAUCGCCAGACUGACACUAAAGGAGAAGAAGAUGGUGUGGAAUCGGACCACUCAUAUCUGGAAUGACUAUGAAAAGGUCAUCCACCAGCGCACCAACACUGUACCCUUCGUCCUCGCUUCACACGAUGACACCAUCACAACCACCGUGAGCGUGAUCCGCCCCCUGGACGCUGAGCUGAACCUCGAGAAGACGUAUGAGAACUUCCACCCAGCAACAAGCUCCUUCAGUAGCAUUGUGGGUCACUUCCUGAGCGGCGAGCGGCCACAGGGUGUGACCGAGAUGGAGGAGAUGCUGAGGCUGGGCGCAAGCAUCACGGGCGUGGGCGAGCUGGUGAUGGAUGGCGGCGUGGUGCGGCUGCAGCCACCCAAACAAGGAUUGCGCUACUUCCUGAGCAGCCUGGAUUAUGACACGCUGCUAGAGAGCCACACAAGAAGCGUGAGGUUCUGGAAAAUUCUAACAGCACUCAUGGGACUGACAGCAUGUGCUACACUGAUGUAUGUGCUGUGGAGGCGCUAUACCUGGCACAAGGAAAAGAAGAAGGCGCGUGAGAUGAUGGAGGAGUUUGAAGAGCAGAGGAGGAGGAGGACGGACGGGGAAGAGGAGGCAGUGCAGGUCGGAGCUUGUGUCGUGUGCCUGGGUCAACAGCGCUCGUGCGUUUUUCUCGAGUGUGGUCAUGUGUGCACGUGCUGGCAGUGUUACCGCGUGCUGCCCACGCCAAAGAAGUGCCCCAUGUGCAGGGCUACUAUAGACCGGGUGGUGCCUCUGUUCAACAGCUAAUCAAGUCUCAGAAGUAAAAAAAAAAAACAAAAAAACAAACAAAAAAAAAACCUGAGGCUUCAGUUGUGUAAUUUUUGGUGUGAAAAUAUUGAUUUUCCAACCUAUUGGUAGGCGCUACACUGAUUCUGGGUGAACAUUUCUUUAGGAUAAAUCAAUUUAAGGAUAAAAUUAUCCUUUAUUUAGCCUUCUAUUUAAGCACAUAGAGAGAGAGAGAGAGAUAAAACAAUAUUGAGAGAAAUUAUGGCAUAUAAUACCUCACUAAUGGUUAAAGGACAAAUCAGGAAAUAUUUAUCAACUUCAUCACAGAAAUUGUUAUGUGAUAUUAGCAGCAGGUGGAUCUAAAUGGUUUAAGAACAAACGUUCCUGCUCUCAGGGCUGCUCUGUUUGGCUGCUGGCAGCCAGAGAGAGAGAGUCACAGACAGACAGACAGACAGACAGACAGACAGACAGCACUUCCAAUAUAAAGAGCAGAAAAGCCUGUGGACUGUUUUGCUUGACCACUGAAAGUUCUGUAUUUCUUUGUGAAGACAUUGUGAUCUCGUUGGUGUCGGGUGAAUUUUAAGAUUCGGCAGAGGUUUGACACAAAAGGCUUUAAACAGCAUACGUGUUAAAACAAUCGAUUUUUCUGUUCUUGUUGUUCAAGAGCUUUAAAAUGAUGCUUGAAUUCAUUUUUUUAAAGUAUAACUUUUCAUAAAAGGCUUCAAUAAAGUUUUCUUCCAAUACCAUAAAAAAA